CGGCGGUGGCGUGACGCGCGUCCUGCAAGGUGAGUAUCGGAGGGACAGGUGACGGCGGCAGCGGCGGCGGCGGCGGCGGCGACGGCGGCGUGUUUCGUGGCAAUCCUGAACUCUCCCGUCGCCCGCCAUGACCACCACUACCUCUUGUAGACGCCCAGGAGUCGGUGGAUUAUGAUUGGACGAGAGGACGCGGCGGCCAACCAUUCAUGGAGCGCCAAUGACAUGAUGAGUGUAUCGCGGUCGGGCACACACAAACGCGCCAGGCAUCAACACAGGACGGGCACCUAAGUACUAACACCAAACCUAGGGGGGGGUAUGCGUGGCACGGUGAAGCAGGGAAGCGGGGGCGGAGGGGGGGUUAAGGAGGAGGCUGGAGGAGGUGGAGGAGGCGGAGGAGGAGGUGGAGGAGGAGUCAAGUCAGGUGGAGGAGGAGGGGGCAGGAGGAGCAAGGCGAACCACACCCACGCCCCCAACCUCACCUCCACCCCCACCAUCAAGCAGGAGGUGGUCACAGAGGUGAAGCCAGACCCUGAUGCCACCACCACCACAGCCGCUGCCAGCACCACCACACCCUGCCUCAAUGGGGAUGAUCCCAGCCCCAAGACAGCCCCAUCCUGCCCCGCCAACAAUAACAACAACACCAGCGCCAACAACAACAACAAAGGGGCAGCCACUGCAAAGGUUAAAACAGAGAUAGCCAAUGGAGGGCCAGAGGGGGAUACCAAGCCUAGCACUUCAUCCAUCACUACCACCACCACCACCAUCACCACAACCACCACCACCACUACCUCCACCACCACAACCACUACAACCCCACCACACACCAAUGAAGGUUGUGGGGUGCUGUGCGAGGCGGAGGGUGCCAAGGUGGGGGCGGUGUGUGGGGGAGUGCCCACCCUCGACGGCACCUCACUGUCACACCUCCACACCGCAGAUGGCACGGAUGGAGGGCUCGGGGGAGGGAUGGGGGCACUCGGGGUCAAGGGUGGAGCCGGGGCCGGGGCCGGGGUGUCCACCAGUGAUGCACAGUACAUGCAGCAACAGAGUCAGAUCUUUGUGUUCACCACACAUCUGGCCAACAAGGCUGCUGAGGCAGUGCUGCAGGGCUCCUUCAACACCAUUAUAGCCUUUCACUGUGCUCAGCCCGGCACCAAGAAGCUUCUCGAGAAGCAUCCACUCAAGACCACACAGUUUGUGCGACACAACCCACCACAUUGGCUCAACACAUUUGCCAUGAAAGGCAACAAAGGGGGCCACAUGAAAGGACCCAUGGUUCCAAAUGGCCCCAUGAUGGCAAAUGGACCAAUGGGACCAGGUCCCAUGGGCCCCUGUGGGCACAUGGGACCAGGGGGUGAUAUGGGACCUAUGGGAGGUGAUGGAGUCCCCAGCACAAUGGGUCCAGGAGGAGACAUGGGCAGCCCUUGCAUGAUGGGCCCUGGUGGUCCUGGUGGCAUGAUGGGACCAGGACACAAUGGUGGCCCUGGCAUGAUGGGGCCAAGGGGACCUGGGAUGAUGGGUCCUGGUGGCCCUGGGCCAGGUAUGCCUCCUGGUGCUGGGGGCCAGAUGGUGAUGUCCAUGGUGGGACCCAAUGCUCAGAGAGUUCCUGGUGUUCCCACAGGUGCUCCCUCAGGGGUCAAGGUUCCAGAUGACCACCUGACACCUGAGCAGCGGCAACACCGGGAAGAACAGAUGGCAAGGAUACGUCACAUGCAGGCGCUGCUGCUGCCAGAACUACACUCCCCAAGCCAACCCGAGGGGGGACCCACCUCCCAGCCUUCCUGUACAGGAGGCCCCCCAACCUCCACAGGGAUGCCCUGCUCCCAGAGUCAGGCUCCCUCAGUUUCACAGACCUCCCAGGCAGCCUCAACCUGCUCCCAGUCAACACCAGUCACCUGCAUGGGGCCUUCUCCUGUUACUGGCAUGGGUCCCUCACCUGGCAUGGGACCAAGUCCUGGCAUGGGGCCUUCCCCUGGCAUGGGACCCAGUCCUGGAAUGGGGCCAAGCCCUGGUAUCCCCAAUACCUCCAUGGGUCCAGGGCCUGGAAUGGGUCCUGGCAUGGCCCCAGGCCCAGGCAUGGGAAUGUCCCCCAACAUGAUGGGUCCUGGGGGUCCGAACAACAUGGUGUCCCAGAGUGGGGUGAUGAUGGGCCAAGGACACAUGGCCAAUAAUAUGAUGAUGACCUCACAGGCGAACAUGAUGGGUGGCCCAAUGGGUCCUGGAAUGAGGAUGGGUCCAGGAGGACCCCAGUCUAUGAUGAUGGGGGGACACAAUCCUGCCUCCUCCAUGGCAGCACAGGCUGAGUGGCAGCGCCUGCAGGCUGAGUUUUUUGAGAGUAAAAGAAAGAAAGGUGGACCAGGGUGUCCUGAUGGUUCAAUGGGACCCAUGGGUCCUAUGGGUCCCAUGGGUCCUGGAGGUCCUAUGGUGCCUGGAGGUCCAAUGGGUCCUGGUGGUCCUAUGGGACCGGGAGGACCUAUGGGGCCUGGUGGACCAAUGGGCCCAGGUCCAAUGGGUCCUGGUGGGCCAAUGGGUCCAGGUGGACCUAUGGGUCCUGGUGGGCCAAUGGGUCCUGGUGGUCCUAUGGGACCCAAUGGACCGAUGGGAAUGGGUGGCCACAUGGUUGGAGGCCACAUGAUGCCAGGAGCAAUGGGUGGAAACAUGGGCCCCGGUGGCAUGAGGCCCAUGGGCCCUGGGGCACGCAUGCAGGGGCCACCCCCUCCCUACCACGGUCCUCGGCCAGUGGGCAACGGUCCACUGCCUUCACCUGGGUCACCCUCCAUGUGUGCCAUGACCUCACCUCGCAUGCCAGGGGGCGGGCCUGGGGGAGGGCCGGGGAUGCGAAUGAUUGGCCCUGCAGACUCCCCAAGACCCCUGCACCCCAGCAACCCCCCAACCCCAGUGAGUGGGCCUCCCAUUACCAGCCCCUCCCUGCAGCACACCAAGGACCAGCAACCACACACACCACAGUCAGGUGCGUCACCACUCCCCGCCCUGCCAGCCGGGCCAUGCCGUGCAGGUGAAACAUCCUUUGGGAGACAACUACAGACUUUGGCCCAACAAAAACAUCAGCAAGCAAAUCAGCAGCAGCAACAACAACAGCAACAACAGCAGCAGCAACAACAACAGCAGCAGCAGCAGCAGCAACAGCAGCAGCAACAACAACAGCAACAGCAACAGCAGCAGCAGCAGCAACAGCAACAACAACAACAGCAACAACAACAGCAACAACAACAACAACAACAGCAACAGCAACAGAUGCAGCAGGGAGGAGCAGCAGGAGGGAAGGAACCCAACCUGAUGCCUGUUCCUUCUCCUCAGCAGAUCCAAUACCUCAGCACUUUUGAAGGGCAAGAGCUCACGAUACAAAAGCAACCCAACACCAGCUUGCGGGACUCUGACAUCAUGUCUCCGAUGGGAGAUACAAGUGUAGGUGAUGGGAGUCGCCUUUCUGGGCCAGGAACACCCUUGGGUGGUCCCACCACUCCCCUCACUCCUUCCUCAGAGCCCCAGCCAAGGUUUACUGGUCCUAAUACUCCUGAUCGCUUCCCUGUGCCCUCGCCGGGAAUGGCUGUACCUUCAGCCCCCCACACUCCACAGGGUCCUUCAGAGAGCAAAGGGACACAACAGCAGCAGCGGUACACAGGUCCCUCACCGCAGGGUCCUGUGCAACCCUCCACCACCACCACACCCACCAACAGCAGCAGCAAUAAUAGUAGUAACAGCACCACCACCACCCCGAGCACCACUGCCAACAGCAGCACCACCACCACUCCAACCACCACCACCAACACUGCCACCAGCCAGGGGGGACCCAAAACCCCUUCCAUGGAUGGCAGGUUUCCAGUGCCAUCCCCCAAGACCCCUAGCAUGUGCAGUGGCCCCACCACUCCAAGUGGACCUGAUGUGCCUCGCUUCCCUGGGGCCUCUCCCCUUCAGGCCAGCUGUAGCAGCACCCCAACAGCAGACAUGGCCCCAAUGGGCACUCGCUUCCCUGGCCCCACGAUAGCCCCAGCUGGAAAUACCAACAAUAACCAGAUGAUGGGGAAGAUGGGCAGUGGGUUUUCCAUGUCUCCAGGCAAGAUGGGGACCAUGGACAUGGGUGGAGACUUCCACAACCCCACAGCAGCCAACCUUCCCCUCAACCCCAACUCCAGCACUCCAGGGGGCCUGCCAGCAUCUGGUCCAGGCAAGGUGUUUGACCCUAUAUCCUCCAUGGCCCAGAUGAGUCAGCAGCUGACCUCUGGGACUUCUGGCUCCUCGCCCCCUGUGUCCUCAGCCCCAACACCCACCAUGCCCACCCCUACUGGCCCUUCCAUGGGGGCCAGUGGGCCAUCUGGACCAUCAGGGCCUAACAUGGGCAAUGCACCGGGUAUGCCUGGUGGCCCAGGCCUCCCCGGUGGCCCUGGACUUCCUGGUGGGCCUGGAAUGCCUGGUGGCCCUGGCCUUCCUAGUGGACCAGGUAUGCCUGGUGGUCCUGGCCAUCCAGGUGGACCAGGACUGCCAGGUGGACCAGGACUGCCAGGUGGACCAGGUCUUCCUUGUGGACCUGGGAUGCCAGGUGGACCAGGGAUGCCAGGUGGACCGGGAAUGCCAGGUGGCCCCAACAUGCCUUGUGGACCAGGGAUGCCCGGUGGACCUAACAUGACAGGUCCAGGGAUGAGUGGAGGCCCCAACAUGGCUGGAGGUCCAGGCAUGACUGGGGGUCCUAACAUGGGGGCUGGACCAGGCAUGCCAGGGGGUCCAGGAGGUGCCAUGAUGGAGGGUGGGGGUCCUGGAGGUAUGAUGGGCAUGCCACCAGUUUCUUCAAGCCCUGGCAUGAUGCAGUCCCACAGUGCCAUCUCCUCUCCUGUGUGUAGUGGUGGGGGACCAAGGGGCACCUCUCCCAGCAGCAUGGCCAUGAUGGGGGGCCCCAACCCUCGCAUGACCGUCCCCAACAGCAUGGUGAGGCCCCCAGCCCCUAACUGCACCACAGCGGGGCCGUAUUCUGGGGCCAACGUGCAGGUGAAGCCCAGUGCCCCCAACACCAUCCAGUACCUGCCGGCACGGCCACAGAACAACGGUAACGGCCCACGCGGCCCACCCAGCCUUGACUUCCUGCCCAGGUUCAGCAACCCCAACGUGGACAGCAAAGGAGCCAACACAGCCAUGUUUCCCAGCAGCAGCACCCCAAACUCAAUGUGUGGCCCCAGUGUGCCAAUGUCAACAAUGGCCAUGAGUGGCCCAUGUGGGCCCAUGACAGGCCAUAUGUCUGGACCUAUGAAUGGCCCAGGUGGACCGAUGGGUGGCCCAGGUGGACCAAUGGGCGGCCCCGGUGGACCUAUGUGUACAAUGUCUGGGCCAAAUGGUCCUAUGGUGAAUAUGAGUAACAUGAGUGGACCCAAUGGACCCUUUAUGUCAGGACCAGGAGGACCUAUGCCAGGCCCUAAUGGCCCCAUGGGCAUGGGUCCUAAUGGUCCAAUGGGUGGACAUAUGGGAGGGCCAGGUGGAAUGAGUGGACAUAGUGGGCCUAUGAUGGGUCCCAAUGGACCCAUGGGUGGGCCCAGUGGACCCAUGAUGGGCCCUAAUGGACCAAUGGGAAUAAACCCCAGCAUGAUGAGUGGUGCAGGAAUGGGACCGGGGGGCCAGAUGAUGGGACCCAGAGGCGGGGCUCCCAUGAUGCGUGGCCCCAGUCCAGGGGGGAUGAUGGGGGGCAUGGGUAGUGACAUGUAUCCCAUGGGGGGCCCAGGGCCUAACAUGAGUGGGGGACCCAUGUCUGGGGGUCCUGGCCCCAACCCUAAUGGCCCCAACCAAAUGAUGGGAGGUUCAGGCCCCAUGUACAGCUCCAAGACCUCUCCCGUCAACAUGAACAUGGGAGGGCCCAUGGGGGCAACGCCAGACACUGCCCAGCCCCUGCCUCCCUCUAUGGGCCAAUCCGGCAGCUUCAAGAAUUCACCCUUCAUGGGACCCACCACUGCUGACCCCACCUAUGCUGCCCAGUUCCACAGCUUCCAGCAGCAGCUGUAUGCCACCAACACUCGUGGAGGGCCCAACAUGGCCAUGUCUGGAGCCAUGGGCGGCCCUGGAGGGCCCGUGGUGACGGGGCCGGGGGGGCCGGGCAUGCCUGGCCCUGGGCCCAUGCCUGGCCAGAGCUUCCCGUUCAAUCCCAAGUGAGGCACGGGUAAACUACCUCACAGGUGACCUGGUGCUAACAGCUGCCGCCCAGCACACUCACCACUAUGCAACUCCUCCCCUCCCCUGUGGCGGUGGUGGUGAUCCUGCUCAAGUGUGGUGGUGGUGGCGGCGGGGCAGCAGAGGCGGCCCCGCCCCGCCCACCCGUGUGCCCGUCCAGUGGUGGGGUCGCCCCCCCGCCCCGCACAGUCCACUCAGUUCUCACUCUUCAGGGCAACAUGUCAGUUUGUAGUUUGGAUACUGUUAAUGGGGUGCUUUGUAGUGUAAGUUAUUCUUGCUCUGUUCACUGUCUCUCCUCCAGUGGUUGUUGACUGCUUCAAGGGUCAUGGUCAGUGCAGUGCCGGGGCAGCCGGGCCUCACUGGGCCAGGCUUGGCCCCGCCCGCUCAAGUCUGGACUAUUAUUGACGUAUCACAGUGGUCAUUGUGGUCCCCCCCCUCCCCAGUGGCUGCGGUACUCCCCUCCCCCAAAGUGGUGCCCUGUGGCCCUAUGCUGCAUGAUGGUGCAGCUAAAAGACAGCGCUGAAACAAAACAAACUGGGUUACGCUUGUUGUUAUGAUAAUGAUUAACUUUCCAAACUGACAAUCAAGUCCUGACAUUUUAUAUAUACAUACAUAUAUAUAUAUAUAUAUAUAUAUAUAUAUAUAUAUAUAUAUAUAUAUAUAUAUAUAUAUAUAUAUAUAUAUAUAUAUAUAUAUAUAUAUAUACAUAUAUAUAUAUUAUAUGUAAAUGUGUAGGUGUGGGAAAUGCUGUGAUGUGUUGGUCGUGGUGCUGGCGAGACAAGUGGCAGCAGCAGCGGCCUGGCUGGUGCUGCGUCAGGAGGUGCUGUGCUUGCCCCUCACUGCACUGCUCAUCAUCAGCGUGUCCAUCGAGGCACAGCAUUGUACAAAUUGUUAAGCCCUCUCUCUCUCUCUCUCUCUCUCUCUCUCUCUCUCUCUCUCUCUCUCUCUCUCUCUCUCUCUCUCUCUCUCUCUCUCUCUCUCUCUCUCUCUCUCUCUCUCUCUCUCUCUCUCUCUCUCUCUCUCUCUCCGUCUCUCUCCGUCUCUCUCCGUCUCUCCGUCUCCUAUCUCGAGCCACCGUCACAUCCACCUCAUGCAAUAUUCCUGGAUGCAGCCGCUUAUAUGUUGACAAAGUGAUUUUUCUACUGUAUGUUACAAGCCUGUGGGUGUUGCCUUGGUCCCCAGCAGGCAGGUUUGUAUCUCCCUUUGUUUGUAUCAUUGUAAAGUUUGUAUGAUAUGUAAGUUUUGUGUUUUCCUCACAUUUUGUUGUUUUAUUUAUUUUUUUUUGUAAGGUCACACUCAGAAGCAGCGGGUCGACCGUGACUUUCUGGCAGUAUUUUAGGAUAUAACUUGGAGGAUGUGAACAUUUUUAUUAUUGACAAAUUUUACAUAAAAUAAUUUUACAAG